AUGACCACAAUGGAUCUUCGGGUCGGUAACAAGUACCGCAUCGGUCGAAAGAUUGGUAGCGGCUCAUUCGGAGACAUCUACCUGGGCACCAAUAUCAUUUCCGGUGAAGAGAUCGCCAUAAAGCUCGAGUCCGUCAAGGCCAAGCACCCUCAACUAGAGUAUGAGGCCCGCGUCUACAAGUCUCUGGCAGGAGGUGUUGGCAUCCCUUUCGUGCGCUGGUUCGGCACCGAAUGUGACUACAACGCCAUGGUCCUCGAUCUCCUCGGCCCCUCCCUCGAAGACCUUUUCAACUUCUGCAACCGGAAAUUCUCCCUCAAGACCGUCCUCCUUCUGGCGGAUCAGCUCAUCUCACGCAUCGAAUACAUCCAUGCCAAAUCCUUCAUCCAUCGAGAUAUCAAGCCCGACAACUUCUUGAUGGGCAUUGGCAAACGCGGCAACCAAGUCAAUGUUAUUGAUUUUGGUUUGGCCAAGAAGUACCGCGACCCCAAGACACACUUCCAUAUUCCAUACCGUGAGAACAAGAACUUGACGGGCCUGAAGGCUGCAACCAAGAAGCAGAAGUACGAUCGUAUCAUGGAGAAGAAGAUGACCACCCCUACCGAGGUUCUGUGCCGUGGCUUCCCUAACGAAUUCGCCAUCUAUCUAAACUACACUCGGUCACUCCGCUUCGACGACAAGCCAGAUUACAGCUACCUCCGCAAGAUCUUCCGUGAUCUCUUCGUCCGAGAAUCCUUCCAGUAUGACUACGUCUUUGACUGGACCGUUUACAAGUAUCAGAAGAACGCCCAGGCUAUCGCUGCCGCUUCUGGCAACCAAGCUCCGGCGGAGGAAGAGGACAAGCCACGAGCUCGCGGCACCGCUGCUGCCACUGGCCAACCCACCACUGCGAAGCCUGCAGCAAUCUCCAGCUCUCGACGCAAGGUCAUCGAUCGCCAAAACACCAAUGAACAAGGCGGUAGUGAUAGGAUGUGA